AAUAAAUGUCAAAUGAAAAGUCAUUAGAGCCGGGAGGUUAUAUUUUACGAAUUUUUAACUCGAUUUUAUAUAAAAAAAGAUAUUUGUUAUGUUAUAUAAAAUAAUAUGGUUUAAUGUAACUAUGUCCUGUUAAAUUAUAACAUCCAAAUUUUUUAUAAUAAACGUUUAAUCGGUUUUGCAACGAAAUAAUUUAUGAUGGCUACGAAAAUUUUACGGAAUAUUAUGAAAACUAAAUCAAGUAAUAUAAUGUUCAAGCGAUGGGAGAGCUCAGAAAAGCGUGUGGCUAUGCACGAUCCCUUUGUGACGCAACCAAAAAAGAAUAAAAAGACUUAUUUAGAGGUGAUAAAAAUGUUUGAAGACCAGGAUAACCGUCGCCGAGGUCACGUAGAAUUUGUUUAUGCUGCUUUAGCCAAAAUGAAGGAGUUUGGUGUUCAAAAAGAUCUCGAAGUGUAUAAAGCUCUAGUAGACGUAUUUCCAAAGGGUAAAUUUAUACCUCAAAACAUUUUUCAAGCAGAAUUUAUGCACUAUCCUAAACAACAGCAGUGUGCUGUGGAUUUACUGGAGCAAAUGGAAGAUAAUAAAGUCAUACCAGACACAGAAAUGGAACAAAUGCUGCUAAACAUAUUUGGUAACCGUGGCAUUCCACUAAGAAAAUAUUGGCGCAUGAUGUAUUGGAUGCCAAAGUUUAAAAACUUAAGUCCCUGGUAUCUACCUGAUGAAAUGCCUAGUGACACAAUGAUGUUAGCAAAACUUGCUAUUGAAAGAAUAACUUCUGUAGAUCCAGAUACGAAAGUUAAUGUUUGGCAGACAGAAGAGAUAGAAGUAUCACUCGACAAAACGUGGAUAGUCAGUGCCCAGAGUGAAGCUCAGAAAAUUUUAUUAUCUGAACAACCUAUUGACGAGCCUUUGGUUGUCCGAGGUCCCUAUGAUGUCUAUUUGAGGGACCAAAUUGUUACAUACUUCCUAUUGCUUGGGAAAACAAGAGCUGACCCUAAAGACGAUAGAGAUCCAGAUGAUGUAUCAGAUAUAGAGAAACCGCCAGGCAUACCUGGUUAUAUUGGCAGCACUAAGCUUCCAGCCGUAAAAUGCACAGUACAUGAACAGGAUGACGGUACAAUUGUAUCUGUAUGUGCUACAGGUACGUCAUCAAGAGAUUCCCUGUUAUCAUGGAUUAGAUUAUUGGAAAAGUAUGGUAAUCCAAUAUUAUCUACUGUACCAGUUAUAUUUACUCUCACGGCACCACCAAAUGAUUUAUCAAUACAGGAAACACAGCCUGUAGCACAAGAUGAUGCAAGUGAAAAAACCAAGUCAAAUGAAUAGAUAUAUAGAGAGAAUUAUUUAAUUACAAGAGCUAGUGUAGAAAUAAAUUGAAUAUGUUAUGUU